CCCGGCGCCCCGGCGCCCCGGAACCGGCCUGGGAACAGUGGCGGAACCUGCGGCCGCCUCCCCUCCCGCCCCAUGGAGCGGCCCCCGGGGCUGCGGCCGGGCGCGGGCGGGCCCUGGGAGAUGCGGGAGCGGCUGGGCACCGGCGGCUUCGGGAACGUCUGCCUGUACCAGCACCGGGAACUGGAUCUCAAAAUAGCAAUUAAGUAUUGUCGCCUUGAGCUAAGUACCAAAAACAGAGAACGGUGGUGCCAUGAGAUCCAGAUCAUGAAGAAGUUAAACCAUGCCAAUGUUGUAAAGGCCUGUGAUGUUCCCGAGGAAUUGAAUUUUUUGAUAAAUGAUGUGCCUCUUCUAGCCAUGGAAUACUGUUCUGGAGGAGAUCUCCGGAAGCUGCUGAACAAACCAGAAAAUUGUUGUGGACUAAAAGAAAGCCAGAUACUUUCUUUACUGAGUGAUAUAGGGUCUGGGAUUCGAUAUUUGCAUGAAAACAAAAUCAUACAUCGUGAUCUAAAACCUGAAAACAUAGUUCUUCAGGAUGUUGGUGGAAAGGUUAUGCAUAAAAUAAUUGACCUGGGAUAUGCCAAAGAUGUUGAUCAAGGAAGUGUGUGUACAUCUUUCGUGGGAACAUUACAGUAUCUGGCCCCAGAGCUCUUUGAGAAUAAGCCUUACACAGCCACUGUUGAUUACUGGAGCUUUGGGACCAUGGUGUUUGAAUGUAUUACAGGAUAUAGGCCAUUUUUGCAUCAUAUGCAGCCAUUUACCUGGCACGAGAAGAUUAGGAAGAAAGAUCCGAAGUGUAUAUAUGCAGGAGAAGAAAUGAUGGGAGAAGUUCGGUUUAGUAGUCAUAUACCUCAACCGAAUAACCUUUGUAGUUUAAUAGUAGAACCUAUGGAAAACUGGCUACAGUUGAUGCUGAAUUGGGAUCCUCAGCAGAGAGGAGGACCUGUUGAUGUUACUUUGAAACAACCAAGAUGUUUUAUAUUAAUGGAUCAUAUUCUGAAUUUGAAGAUUGUGCACAUUCUAAAUAUGACUUCUGCAAAGAUAAUUUCUUUUCUGUUGCCACCUGAUGAAAGUCUUCAUUCGCUGCAGUCUCGUAUUGAGCGUGAAACUGGAAUCAGUACAGGUUCCCAGGAGCUUCUGUCCGAGACAGGAAUUUCUCUGGAUCCUCGGAAACCUGCCUCUCAGUGUGUUCUAGAUGGAGUGAGAGGCUGUGAUAGCUAUAUGGUUUAUUUGUUUGAUAAAAGUAAGACUGUAUAUGAAGGACCAUUUGCAUCCAGAAGUUUAUCUGAGUGUGUAAAUUAUAUUGUACAGGACAGUAAAACGCAGCUUCCAAUUGUACAGCUACGAAAAGUGUGGGCUGAAGCGGUGCACUAUGUGUCUGGGCUAAAAGAAGACUAUAGCAGGCUCUACCAGGGACAGAGAGCAGCAAUGUUAAGUCUUCUUAGAUAUAAUGCUAACUUGACAAAAAUGAAGAACACUUUGAUCUCAGCAUCUCAGCAACUGAAAGCUAAAUUGGAGUUUUUCCACAAAAGCAUUCAGCUUGACUUGGAAAGAUACAGUGAACAGAUGACUUAUGGAAUCUCUUCAGAAAAAAUGUUAAAAGCGUGGAAGGAAAUGGAAGAGAAGGCUGUCCACUACUCUGAGGUGGGUGUUAUUGGGUACCUGGAGGAUCAGAUCAUGUCUCUGCACACUGAAAUCAUGGAGCUACAGAAGAGCCCCUACGGACGACGCCAAGGAGACUUGAUGGAAUCUCUGGAACAGCAUGCCAUUGAUCUAUAUAAACAAUUAAAGCACAGACCUCCAGAUCACUCCUACAGCGACAGCACGGACAUGGUGAAGAUCAUCGUGCACACUGUGCAGAGCCAGGACCGUGUCCUCAAGGAGCUGUUUGGUCACUUGAGCAAGUUGUUGGGAUGUAAACAGAAGAUUAUUGAUCUGCUGCCCGAGGUGGAAAUGGCCCUAAGUAACAUCAAAGAAGCUGACCAUGCCGUCAUGUUUAUGCAAGGGAAAAGGCAGAAAGAAAUAUGGCAUCUACUCAAAAUUGCCUGUAUACAGAGUUCUGCUCGGUCCCUUGUAGGAUCCAGUCUAGAAGGUGCUGUAACCCCUCCAGCAUCGGCAUGGCAACCCCCAACUUCAGUCGAACGUGAACAUCCUCUGUCAUGUGUGGUAACUGCUCAAGAUGGGGAGACUUCGGCACAAAUGAUAGAAGAAAAUUUGAACUGUCUUGGCCGUUUAAGCACUAUUAUUCGUGAAGCAAAUGAGGAACAGGGUAAAAGUAUGAAUCUUGAUUGGAGUUGGUUAUCAGAAUAACUUUCCACUUUGCUCACUGUCCCCACGCCUCUAGAAGUCAUUGCUGCAUGUAUUGGAAGUUUUUCCCUCAUGAAACAAUCUUCAGACUAUGUUACGACAUGAUUUUACAAACACAGUAUUUUAACUUGGGUAAUUUUAACCCUUGAAUAGUAAGAAUUUUAUGAGGAGUCAGCAGACUUGUUUCAGUACUACAUACUGCUAGUUAAGAGCAUCGUUGCAAUCCAUUUGUCUUUAAAUUUGUUAAAACAAAUUGACUAAAAAUAAUGUUUAAUGUGUAACUCUUGGGCAUAAGACUAUAAUGCAUUCAGAGAAGGCUUUAACUAAUGUGUAUUUUAAGUACACAUUGUCUGUGUUUCUCCAGAAGAGACUGCUCACAAGUAAAAUUUAUACUUCUUGAAGAAUAAAUGCUACCUCCUUGUGUAGUCCAGUGCUCUUCCUGACAUCAUAAGGAGUUAAGUUAAUUGUAGUUUCAGUUUUACUUCAGAUGGUAUCUGUUUCCUUAGGUUGCGUGUCUGUGCAUUGAAUUCCAGUUGCCCCACCUGAGUCUUGAUGAGUGUGCUAUGUGUAUAUGUAUUUAAGAUGUACAUUUAAUAAUAUCAGAGUGAAUAUGCUUGUUAAUUUAUAAUGUAUUUUGAAACCUUUUUUUUCAUUUGUAAAAAUGGUUCAUUUAAGUAAUCUCUCAUGUCUGUCACACAAAUUUAUAAAGGUCUGUACUCCCUUAUGUCUUUUUCUAAAAUCCAUAAAGCUCUGAAAGCAAGGUUUUCACAUGAGCUUGGUAACAAAUUUCAUGUAUUACAACUCUGAUUUGAACCAACAUGAAAUCUGUUUAUCCCAGUUGUGUGAAUACUCAAUGUAUUUUGCUGUGUAACUAUUACCGUGUUUGAUUAUAGGGAUUAAUCCGUGACAGACCUUGCUGGGAGUUGCAUCAUAGGGUAUAUGCACUAAGCUGUCUUUUUGAAAGUUGAAAUGAAAACAUCUGACCCUACAAGUUUCAGAUAAAGGAUUGUGGCGCUCUCUGAUUUGUGAUUUAGAAGGUAUUAUUUUUUUUAAAAAAAAUGUGAAAUGCUUUUGUAUUCUAGACAGUUUUUCACUUUGUAUAGUAAAUGAUUUUGAAAUUAUUUUUUGGAUCUGUGUUUAUUUUAAAAAAUCAAAGUAUAUUAGAGG